UUCGCUCUUCUUUUAUACGUACGAUCUAACUUAUCUCCUACAAACAAAACAAUAGUUUACGUUUUUGCUUAGCCAUAACAAUCGUAUAACUCAUUCAAGAACUCUUGGGUAAUCUUACCUCAUCUUGUUUGAAAACCCAUCAUUUUCCGGAAUUACUAAUUUUUGUUUGUAUAUUUGGAUAUUCAGCCACGCGACAUAGCACAAAAAACUAGUGGUGGCCGAAUAUAUAACCUGUAAAAAUGGCGUCGUCUUCGAAUUCGCCAUGUGCGGCGUGCAAGUUCCUGAGACGAAAAUGCCAACCGGAGUGUGUAUUUGCACCCUACUUUCCGGCGGACCAGCCGCAGAAGUUUGCGAAUGUUCACAAGGUGUUCGGAGCAAGCAACGUGACGAAGCUUCUGAAUGAACUGCACCCUCACCAACGCGAGGAUGCGGUGAACACGCUGGCUUAUGAGGCCGACAUGCGCCUCCGUGAUCCGGUCUAUGGGUGUGUCGGAGUUAUCUCCCUGCUCCAACACCAACUCCGGCAGCUUCAGAUGGAUCUAACCUCCGCCAAAUCGGAGCUGUCCAAGUACCAGAACCACCAUCUUUGUCAUAUGAAUGGUGCAGCCACCCACGGACUCAUUGCUCCGGCAGCUACCACAACCCACCACCACCAUCAUGACUUGGGGAUCAACUUGAUUAAUGUCGACGAUAAUGAUGUUAUUAGUCAAGAUCACCAUUUGUACCACCACCCUGCAGAGUUCUUUCCCCCUAGGGAUCAUCAGCACACGGCGGCGAUAAGGGGUUUAGAUGUAAAAUGUACUUAUGAUGCCACCGGCGGUCUUGGACAACACAUGCAAUAUCAGCAACAUAGGGCUGCCGGAAGUGGUAGCGAUGAUCGGAGAACACCCAUUGAUCCAUCUUAAGGUUUUUUCAGCUUCUUCAAAUAUGAAUCCAAUUUACAUAA